CCUCUUUGCGGUAUCAACAACAAGAUGGUCACCAAGGAUCCUCCAAUAAUGGGCCACGUCAUCUUACCAAUAUACAUUGAAUUGGAAUUCCCACCAGACACUGGCCGACGGUGAAGAGAUGCUGCCAUCGCCUGAGCUGGUUGGGCAACUCACCCCAUAUCCGCCCGUCUUGGAGUGGGCAUACCCCUCAUGCCUGGAUUGCCAACACACACCUCUUGGUUACACUUCCCGGGUAUACCGAUGCCGCCAGCCUCGAAUAACCUCAACAUAGCCUCGCCCCUGGCAAUGGACGACCCAGUUUGCCCGUGGGAAAACCUCGCCUGCAACAGUUUCCCCCCGUCCUUCUGAUCCACCUUUGAAGAACGGAAUCUUACCCAGCCGAAGCACUCAGGUAAAUGAGGGUUUGUUAUGGGACUCUGUGUCCCCCCUGGAUUUGGUCUGGCCCCUUUGAUCCCCCCAUCCCCCAUCUUUAUCAUCCCUGCCUAUUCAGCUUUCGCCUGAGCCUGUUGCUGUCGCCGCUGUGUGAGGCAUCAUAGCGGCACCUCCCUUCUUGACGCCCUUCAUUCUUCUUCCUGCUCUCCUUCCCACUCUUUAUCGACACUCCGCGUGCUCAGCGUUAUUGCACCGACUCAUUGCUUCUUCGUGCGUCCUUCCACCAGUUUGGAAUAUCCAUAGCUUUCGCCAACAUCCAUUCGAAAUUCCCCUGGGAUCCCCGCAACCACACUGCCCUCUUGUCCACAUACUUGCCGCGCUGUGCAGCGGUUGUGUGGCAUUGUUUUCCCAUUGCCACUUUGGGAACUUGGAAAAGAAAUUCCCACUCAGCAGUGCUCAACCAAGGUAGGCACCGCAAAGGACGGAAGCUCAAAAAAGGAAGACACUCACGAAAUCCGAGCUCUGGUUCUCACCUUCUUCUUGGACACCUACCUUAACUUAUUAAGAGUGAAGUCCUUCUUGACUCAAUCCAUCGCCAUCACCGAAACCACAUCCAAACAACCCGGCUUGGAGAACCCAAUCCCAACUAGGAGUAUCAGCUUCCGUUGUUCUCCCAGUGACGGACUGUCGUCGCCUAUUUUGAUCCCUAGCCAAAAGCACAACCAUCAGUUUGCGCAGCCUUCAACAUCCCCAUCCUCUCCACCUCGCAACACGCACCGCUCAAGAGCCAUGCCCGCUCACCAUGUGUCUCGAAACAAAAACGGUCUGGCCAUGGUCAGGGAAGCCCAGAACCCACAAACGACCACCAGUGUCCCGACAGACUCGAGGUUGCCCAUUCCUCCUGGUGCUGCUGAGCGACCGGUAAGAAAACGGCGUCGCUCUUCAGGCUUAAGCGCCGUGCAGCCAGAGAAUGCUUCCAGGGCAAUCAACCUCCACGAGGCACCUCCCAUCGAAACACGACCGAGAGUUGAGACGUUUGUGCCAAUUUCGUCAGAAAUAAACUCUGAAAGACACGUUUCUAGAGGCAGUUGGAGUCGGCGGAGGCUCCUUCAGGAGGUCAGAGAGGCGGUCUCAUUUUUGUCAGCAUCAGGAGAAAAGUUCGCAAUCGGCGUGAUAGUCAGGAGAGAUCUUCAGCAAUCCUUUGUAUCUGAGUCGGCUGUUAGCUUCUUGGGGUUUAGACCAAUGAACCUACCUGUACCACGGCGUCCCUUGCUCAGCAUUUCAUCGGGGCAAAUCCGACCAGAACGAUAUGUUCGAGCCGUCGUCGAGCAAGUCGAGAUUAGCAAUGGCGGUCGGGUGAGAUUACAAACAGGUGAUAUGCUGGUGGUCGACGACCGACAAUUCCCUCCUGGUGUUCAUGCUAUUCUGUGUGGGAACUUUUUCCAACGAGACGAGGCAGGGCAUUCUUCCUCAAUUGCCGCCAACCAGAGUACUUACUCACAACGACAACCACAUCGGACUUCAUACCAGAAGUCGGCUCAAUCGAGCACAGCGAGAAGCGAGUUCACGAGUGACUCGAGUCUCUUUACGAUGCCAACAUUAAUAAACAACUUGGUCUUUGAUGAUGAUGCGGGAAUCCCACCCUGCUAUGCACCAUACAACGGCCACCACCAGCAAACUGGGAUCCCAACAUUGAUCCAUCCCAACGCAGGCCAAGGUUACAUGACAGCUGCAAUCCCGCCUCUAAAUACUGGUCAAUUUAUGCAACCACCAUGGAAUCAGAACAUGGUCAUGGACAACUUUCCGCCAUUGGGUAACCAAAAUUUCAAGAUGCCAGGUCCAGCACCCCCCCCCAACGGGGCAUACGGCCCUGAUGGGGGUCAGCAUGGCCAGCAUUGAAUGGGAAUACCCAACAUUUCCAAGAUCAGGAUUAACAGUAAAGAGGUGGCUUGCGUCACCCACCUUCAUGCAACUGGCCUGUAUUCCAAGGUUCUUGCAAUCACUAUAGGCCAGCUAGUCUUUCUGGCUUACAUGUCUUGCAACUCACCCCGCACCAGUCCAAAAUCCCAACUCGCGGGACAGUACCUAUCCAAUCAUAACCCGCUUUGAGAAGGUAUGCCCCCUCCCGCCCUCCGAAGAGUCACUCGAUGAUGACUAGGGGAGGGAAACAUACAACACCAGCAUUCAUAUCAUCCCCUCUCUCACUCACAAAACGACAAUUCUUGGAGUCUGCGACUUUGACUUGCGACCAGAAUUCAACAUCAAGACGAUACGAAUCCCAUGACAGGCCUCCGAGAUGAUUUGCUAUUGUGGGGAAAAUGGCGUGAAUGCCCGGUUAACUUGUUAAAUGAUGCCCAAGCACCUUUGUGUUGGAAAAUACACGGGGGUUUCUGAAUGGCUGUCACGACUUAAUAGCUACGUUGAUUUGAAGCCUGGAAAGCUAAUGGAGCUCGCGGACGACGAAGACGAGCAAAAGGAGAAACCGACUUGCGCUAAAACUGCCUGGGAGGGUCCGUUAUCCAGAUGUAAGACCUGCGCAGUUGAAAGAGAGAAGCUGUUAAGGAAUGAGUAAUGAAUGAGGAGGAAGAUAAUGACUGGGUAACUACCUAUGAAGAGGCUUUGGGGACUUGGGUCAGACUUAUAUAGAUUGGGUUUCUGUCUUCUGUUUCGGUUGGGGAAGGGGGUCCCCCGUAUUCUCCGUUUUCGUCUUUGCAUUUCGGUUCGGUUCACCACAUCACGUUGCAUUUUUUGGUCGUUUGCCUUGGCAUCUAUUCUCAGACCUGUCAUCUAGCUAGUUCCAUAGAAGCGAAGCGAAGAUGAGCCCUUCGGUCCUCAAUUCAGAAGAGAAUGUUUCAUUGGCUUGUGAUGCUCGGACUGCAUGGGUGAGCGACGUGAUGGUGAGGCACAACGAUUUCCAAUCGGGGGAUCCGCGGCGUGAUUUAGGGAUUUGAUCGUGUGAGACCCAACGCUGUGGCGUGUUCAAUUUGGGCUUGUCGUACCACGAGACUUUAUCGGGCGUUGGGAAGGUUAUUUCCAGCUGUUGUUGGGAUGGCAUCUUGAGCAGUGUGAGAGGGG